GGCUCAUUGUGUAACUUUGGUCAAGUCACUUACUCUCAUUUUCAAAAGUGACCGGUGUAACGACGGAAACAGUGAUUUGCAACCUCAUGGACCAGGCGGCAGCAAUUCCUGAGCAGGAGCACAGAUGGUUUUCUUAUGUGACAGAAACUGAAGCUAGUUGCAAAACGGGAGGGUUGCUCAAACUGACGUUACACCGGCACAACUUUUGCCUGCCCAAUUCAAGACCUAAAUCUCAGCAACGCAACACUUUAGAGCAGAACUGCCCCCUUUGAAAAUGGUUAUAAUCUCUCUUCCUCCGGCUCCGCCGCUGAAAAGGGGUGUGUUUACGACAGUGCUUUGGGACGCACACGUGCAAGCUCUGUGCAGAAGCCUGAUCUUCCAAUUUCAGCUCCUAGCAAAGCUCCGGCUGCUGGCGGUGGGAGCACGCUGGGGAUGGUCCCCAGCCGCCUGGGCUGUGUAAUAACACGCCGGUCUGACAGCACAUGCUCAGCUGCACCCGUUACAGACAGUCCUUACUCCGCUUCCGAACCACUACGCUGCCCGGCCGCGAGUGCGCAGCUCGUGGCCCUGGGCCCGCUCCCGGGGUUCGCUGCCGGUUGGCCCCGGCUCCGCCAGGGUCUCCGCGAAGGCGUCCCUCGGCCUGGCCCGAGCGUUGGCGGUUGCUAGGCACCCGCACAACCGCCGCCGUAAGACCCGAAGAGGCGGCGCCCGUCCCGAGGGAGGGAGCGGCCCGGCGAGAGCGUUGUUUCAGCAAAAUAUCUGGUGGAGUUCCUGAAGCCAUGGCUAGCGCUGACAUCAAACCAAAAUCUAUAAGUCGUGCCAAAAAAUGGUCAGAUGAGAUAGAGAAUCUAUACAGAUUUCAGCAAGCUGGAUACAGGGAUGAAAUUGAAUAUAAACAAGUGAAGCAAGUUGAUAUGGAUAAUAUGCACACUCAAGCCUUUGAAAUUGGUGGAUCGUUGGCCAGAAACAGGAUUUGUGAAGAAACUUCAGAGAAGGGACAAUACUUUCUAUUAUUACAACAAGCAAAGAGAAUGUGAAGACAAAGAAGUCCAUAAAGUGAAAGUUUAUGUGUAUUAAUUUUGUUAAUCCCAACUACGCUGUUUUGUUUUUGUUUGUUGUAAGCAUGUUGCUUUAAUCUAUUUGAUGUUUAUAAAAUGUAAGGAAUUAAACAAGGUUUCUGAA